AAACAAUUCAAUAGUUACACCCCCAUGAAAAUGUUCUGUCUAUAACUACAACACGCGAUUGCGUGAAAGAUUUCCGAAAUGUCGUUGCCUUUUUCUGGUGUGCGUUCACGUUCGAAAGGAGUCAUAAGUGCGAUCGCGAAGCAUUUAAGGAGUCUCACACUAAAACCGGUAAAAUCAAUUAGCGUAAAAUUCGAUGCCUUCAAUCCCAAUGCUCUGGAAACGAGAGACUUUUUCUUUCACAUUACAACACCAAAGAUCAUUGCAACGAACCCACGUUGCAUUGUGAAACCAGAAAUAGUUUCAGAUUUGUCUGACCCAGUAGUUACAUUCAAGUUACUAUCAGGUGAUAAUGUGGUAGUCAAAAGUGCAAACUUGACGUCUCUGAAUAUUUUGGAACUUUACAACAAACACAUCACACCACUAUCACCAACUGCGCCUGAAACUGGAAGUGAAAAUACAGCUAACAUCGAGAAGAAAGCGAAGAAGCGAAAGAAAGGAAUUAAAAUUAAACGAGAAUCCAAACGUAGAGGAGUAUUUUUAUAAGUUUAUUGGCAACUUAACGACUCAUGAGUUAAUUGGCAAGCUAACAAUUCGAUUGAAUAUAUAAAUAUAGAUUGCAGAAUAAAAUAUUAAUUUGAAACUUUA